AUGGUCACAGGAAAGUCGGAGAGGGUACUGGGGAAGAUUACUGGCGCGCGUAAUGGGGGGAACAAUCUCGCCGCCGACAAGUUGCACCAUCUCUUUGCAGCGGCGGGGUCGUAUGCGAAUACCCUUGGGCGGGAUAAAGUUACUGCGGAAGCCCACGCGGCUAAGAUUGGGGCGCAGUCUGAGCCGCCGUCGGAGGAGGAGAAGGGAAAGGUCGCGCCUGAGAAGCCUGAAACGAAUGGGGCGAAUGAUAGAUGGGAAGAGGUGCUAUUGCGAAAAGAGGAACAUGGACAAGGUGAAGGAGGGGAAGGUGGAGAAGGGGACCUCGAAGGGCCCGAGCAAUCGACGGGGAUUACCGCGUUUUUGCAGAGCACAAGCGAGCUUGUGGAAAGCGCAUACGUCGGCUCAGACUGUGAGUUGGCCCCAUCUGUGGAGGAGGGAGAGGAAGAUGAUAGUGACGACGAGGACGAGGACGAGGACGAAGAAGAAAAAGAAGAAAAAGAAAGAGAAGAUGGAGAAGGAGAGGCUGAUCAACUUGCCACAAAGUCUGAAAAGGAAGCCCCCACCAAGCAACUAACUGCCGAGAGCGCGGCCCAGGAUCUGAAGCGCCACGUCCAUUUUGGCUCGUUCCGAUUCGCCGUCAUGCACGGUAUCGCACCGCGCAUGAUGUAUAUCAAGCUUGUGGACAAUGCGGCCCCGCUGCCAGCUCCGCUCGGGCUCUUUCAGGAGCAUCAUAUCAGGAUUCCGAAGCUAGCGGACUUGAACUGCACAUGUCAAAAGCAAUGCAAGACCCAUGUUUUUCGACUGCGCUUGAAUGGUUUGGAGUAUGGGAGGGUCACGUUGUCGCUCCGCAUCGAAUACACCCAUUGGAAGCCCUUGGCGACAUCUACAGAUGUUACCAACCGCUUCCUGGAAAUAUUCUCCCGCACAGACAAGCUCCCUGGCUUGAUUCACAGCCGCUUUCCAAAAGCUUCCACGUAUCGGUAUUUGUUGGUAGGCGGGCUUUUCACGCAGCACUAUCCCACAUACUUUGAGAAGAACAUUCGCUAUCUCAAGGAGAAACUAGGGUUUCGCAAUGUGGAGGAAGUGCCAAUUCACACGGAAGGGAGCAUCCAGAGAAAUGCACGCGAUAUUCACGAGGCGAUCAUGAAAUGUAAACCGAAACCAAAGUCAGUGAUUUUAAUCGGUCAUUCGAAGGGAGGCGUUGAUGCAGCGGAAGUAGUGAAAAGGUUUCCAGACGUUGUGCCGUUCUUGCAUGGAAUCUUGUCCUUUCAGGCGCCUUUCGGGGGAACAUAUCUCGUAGACUUCGUUUCGAAAAGCAGGAUUGCGGCGCACACCAUCGCGGGGGCGAUUGAAAAGUUGGCGCGCGGCGAUGAAGCAGCCUUUGCCGACAUGGGAUAUAGUUCGCGCUUUCGGUCUUUGGGAAUCUAUCGGAAACCCCUUGAUACAGGAACUGAAUCGUCCCAUUCAGACAGAGACUCGGACGCCGCUGUGGAGUCUUCCGAUUGUCCUCCAUUUGCAACUCGGUCCACUGACGGAAUGCAUGCAGUGCACGAGGAAAGUCUCGACUAUCUUCGAUCCGUUCCAAUGGUCGCAUUCGCAAGCAGGGCUUCAUUUGAUGUCCUCAAGAUUCGGAGCGCGGCAACUGCGGCUGGUGUAGCGACUAUGGCACCAGCAGCUCAAGUGAUCGCUCAACAUACGGGCUACUCGUGCGAUGGGUUGGUCACAGCGCACGACGCGAGGUUUCCCUUCGCCGACAAUGUCAUGUUGGAUGACAUGAUGCAUACUGAACCUGCCUUGUAUGUCAAGGGCACAAACUACCCGCCAGGACAGCUAACCGCGUCCGGGUUGUUGCUUUUGUUUGAACGAGCAGCAAGAGACGGAUGAGCGCGGCAGGAUGGUUGCGACAAAGAUCUGUAAGAUAGCCUUGUUUUAGCGGCUAAUUUUAAUGCCAUCAAAGGACGUCUUCCCCAGCAGUGUGCGCCGACUCGCUUGUGAUUCUCCCAAGAAAUGACUUAUCACUGAAUGGCACUGCAGUGAAGGAAUGCACAUAGUCUAGAUUGUCAAGAUGACAAGAGUGUCAUGUCUGAAAUGACGUCACAUUUCAACUUAAAAAUUAAGAUAGCUACAACUGCUUGCAACAGUUCUG